UGGGCGGGCAGGCGGGGUGGAAGGUCAGGCAGACGCUGUGAUGGCUGGUGGUGGCGGUGGAGAUGCUGCGGGGCUCCUGCUGCUGUUGCUGGCCGGGGCCCUUCCGCUGGGGGCCCCCAAGGAGCUGUACAGCCCGCAGGACCCGCUCUCUCUGCUGGACUCCCGCUCGCUGCCCCGGGCUCUCAAUAACACGGCCACCGCCUGGCUGCUCGAGUUCUACUCCUCCUGGUGCGGACACUGCGUGCAGUACGCCCCCACCUGGCGGGUCCUGGCCGGGGAUGUCAAGGACUGGGAACCCGUGAUAAAGAUUGGAGUGUUGGAUUGUGCCAAUGAAGACAAUACUGAUGUCUGCAAGCAAUAUGGUAUUCAGUAUUAUCCAUCGUUUCGGUUUUUUAAAGCUUUCACCAAAGAAUUUACCCAAGGAGAAAAUUAUAAAAGUGGAGCUGAUCACGAUGUCCGAACUGUCCGGCAGGUCAUAAUCGACUUUCUCCAGAAUUCCCCUGCGGAGAGUAAACCCCCGGCCUGCCCUUCUUUGCAGCCCAUUGAAGCAAGCCAAGUGGAAUCUCUUAUUGCUGUGAAGGAAACCCAUUACACGGCUGUUAUUUAUGAAAGUCCUGAUUCGUACAUUGGGCGAGAGGUAAUAUUAGACUUUGUUCAAUAUGAAGGGCUGGUGGUAAAGAGAGCACUGGAUACGGAUAAGGAGGCUCUGCAGAAGCUUGGUAUUGUCUCCGUGCCUUCAUGUUACCUGAUCUACCCAAAUGGUACACAUGGAUUAAUUAACAACUUAGAACCUCUGCGCUCUCUGUUCUCGUCUCACUUGAAGUCCCUGCCAGGAGUGAGGAAAAAAACGUUAUCCAGACCGGAACUGACCACAAAACCAACGAAACCGGAUAAAAUGACAGAAACGUGGAAGGAGUUUGAGAAGUCCAAGAUGUACAUGGCGGACUUGGAGUCAGGAUUACAUUAUUUGCUGCGUGUGGAAGUCGCGACACACCAGAUGUUGGAGGGCGAUGAAUUGAAGGCCUUUAAGGAUUUUAUAACCAUCCUUUACAAGUUAUUUCCCGGCCGCCCACAUGUUGCGCGGCUCCUGGAAACGCUGCAGGAUUGGCUAGUAAGCAUGCCAUUAGACAAGAUCCCUUACGAUGCAAUAUUGGACCUGGUCAACAAUAAAAUGCAGAUUUCUGGGAUCUAUCUGACUAGCCACGUCCAGUGGGUUGGAUGCCAGGGCAGUGAGCCAGGCCUGAGAGGCUACCCAUGUUCUCUCUGGAAGCUGUUCCACACCUUGACUGUGCAAGCUGCUCUCCAGCCCAAUGCCCUGACCAAUACCGCAUUUGAAGGAAAUUCUCAAGCCGUUCUGCAAACCAUGAGACAGUACAUCAAGCACUUUUUCGGUUGUCGCGAGUGCGCUGGGCAUUUUGAGUCGAUGGCAAAAGAAUCAAUGGAUGAUGUAAAAACCUUAAAAGAUGCUGUUUUGUGGCUGUGGAGUAAACACAACAAGGUCAAUAAAAGACUUGCCGGUGCUGCAAGUGAAGAUGUCAAAAGUCCCAAGGUCGACUGGCCAACCCCCGAUAUGUGCCCCGCGUGCCAUGGAGAGGUACAGGGCGUUCACAACUGGAAUGAAGAGGAAGUGCUUGUGUUCCUUAAAAAGCAUUACGGGAGCCAAGAUAUUUCCCUGCUGUACUCCGAUCCAAACCACGACAGGAUAGAAGUCAAGAUACCUCCAUUCACCAAGCCUCCAGGACAUGUGACAGGAGAUAAGAAAGACCCAAAACACGGGCUUAAAUCGGACACUUUAGAUAAACUGGUACCAGACCACCUAGACAAAAAUAAAGCUGGUGAUCUGGUUGAUGAUCACAAAGACAUCAAACUUUCCAGUUUUCUAGGACUUGGGUUUUCAAAUAUAGAUAUGAGUCUGUGUGUCGUCCUCUACAUCACAUCAACAUUGUUUUUAAUGAUUAUGUACUUCUUUUUCAAAGUUCGCUCCAGGAGGUGGAAAGUAAGGUAUAAUAGACCGUACGUGUAAUUAUUUUUUGUUUUCUAUUAAUAUUCCGUAAUGAAGAAGACUACUAAAGGCCGCAGACUUUUGUGCUUGAUCAGGGAUUUUAUUUUUUUCCUUUUUAGUUUGUUUUUGAAUCGUGUUUUGCCUGACUUCCUCAAAGUGUUGUUGAAGAGCACUUGGGUUUACUUCUGUGAAAAAGACCAAAGAACCCGAAACAUGCAGCAUACGGGUGAUCACCUAAGACUUGUGCCAUAAUAUUACUGCCAAAUUGGUGUGAUCCUCUCAAACAAAUAAAAAGCUCUCCUUUUCAA